AUGAUAGAUAUUUCUCAUAAUCUUACCUAUCCAUUAUGUCAUUUAGAAGAUGUACUUUUUCCAUUAUUCGAAAAAUAUUAUACAACUGAUAGUUUACGUGUAACUAUUGAAAGUGCAAAUCAUAUAUGGUGUGCAUAUGAAAAUGAUAAAUGUAUUGGUUGUGUAUUGAUUACUGAUAUUGGUUCUUAUGGUGGAUUAUAUGUUCUUUUAUUUGGUGUUAGUAAAUCAAAACAAAGACGUGGAAUAGGAACAUGUUUAUUAGAAAGUAUUAUUAAAUGGUCUCGUGAACAUGGACAUACAUUUAUUUAUCUUCAUACAACACAUGAUAAUGAAGAAGCUAUUAAAUUAUAUGAGAAAGCUGGUUUUCAAAAAGGAUUUGAUCAACCUGAGUAUAUUGAACAAUUACCACAAUGUGGAUCUGAUGUACUUUCAAUGAUAUUAUUCAUAUGA